AUGGAAUUGUCGAAUAUCACCGAUGGUUUGGCGGCUUUAGAAACUUUUGCCAUUGAUUCUAUAUCCGGGAAUUUGACCUCAACCCGGAUCCUCGACAGUGACCAAUCAACGGGAGGAACCGAGUAUUACGACAUCGUUGUCAAGGCAACGGAUUCCAGCAGCAACCAGAAAAACGUUGAUGGAAAGCUGCGACUGUUUCUAAGCAACGUGAAUGACAACGCUCCAAGUUUCAACCAAUCGGUUUACCGCUUUCAAAUUACCUGUGACAAUGACCUUGACAACCAGACGUUUGGACUGAAGGUCGUUGAUGAAGAUACGGGCGAUCUCCAUUCGUUUUCUAUUGAAUCCAAUAUUUAUAUGUCGAUAAACAGCAGCACGGGGGUGUUGACACCACUGUCGAGGCCAGGUUCUGUGUGUGACGAUGUUUCUUGGUCUGUGUUGUUAACAGUUACUGCUACAGACGAUGGCAGUCCCCUGCAGACCGGUGAAUGUUACGUGUUCCUGGAAUUCCUUCCCUGUUCCACUGACAACAGCUCGACCACAGACGCGUCUUCAGUGACCACCACAAUCUUGUCAGAUUCUUCCAGUAAUACAGAAGCUCCAACUACGACAAAGACAUCGCAAGCAGCAGCCUCGACUGUGGCCGACAUAGAGAAGUGGUCACUGAGAAUGGCCUGUGGGAUUCUCCUUGCCACUGUCAUACUGAUGGGAUCAGCUUACAUCAUCAAAUAUAUGUGGUGUUCAAAAUCUACAAACAAACCUUCGGUGGCCUCCUCACGCCCCAUCAGAGUUGCCCCUAAAUUAGCGACCUUUCCUGUUAAGCCAACAAUGUCGUCUGCGUCACGUGUAUCGUCACCUUCUUGGUCGACCGCGUCACGUAUUGCGUCACCGUCGUGGUCGAGGGCGUCACGUCUUGCGUCACCAGCCUGGUCGACUCCUGGUAGCUUUCCAGAACGAAGUACGCAGAUGACGUCAGUUCCAUCGAUUGAAUCACUGCAUUUGGUUUGAGUAACAUUUUCCAUGGACACUGAUGUCACGGAAGCUGCAAGCACGGGCGGGGCAACUAUAUUUACGUGCCCCUAUCCACAAGGGUUCAGGCACGCCCACCCCGGAUUCAGCCUCUGACUUCGCAAGCACUGGAGAUACCACAGUUAUCAGUACUUUUAUAGCGUUGCUAUAAAUACCAGUCUAUUAUCAGUACUUUUAUAAUGUUGCUAUAAAUACCAGUCUGUUAUCAGUACUUUUAUUCUCCCCCCCCCCCCCCCCCCACCUUUCCUGUCUUGGACAGAGAGGCCGGCCAAGGCCGGCACCUGUGCCCACGACAGGCGUGCGCUACAACAGCUUGCUCUGAACGUGCACGUAAAACCCUUUGACCUUGACCUAGUACUUUUAUAGUGUUGCUAUAAAUACCAGUCUGUUAUCAGUACUCUUAUAGCGAUGUUAUAAAUACCAGUCUGUUGUCAGUACGUUUAGCGUUAUUGUAACUAUUAUCCGUACUUGUAUAGCGUCGAUAUAAAUACAGUCUAACACCAGUACCUUUACAGUGUUGCCGUCGAUAUACAUUGUACCUUUAAAACACAGCAUCAGUGAUGGACAAAAUUCUCCAUUUAAUGAUAACUCGACCGGAACACUCUUGAUAUGUCGUCAAUAACAAAAUGUCAGAUACAUAUAGAGAUAUUUUACAUACUGUUCGCAAGUACUGCUGUAGUGUGUAAGGAAUAUAAUAUAACACACGAGAAACCAAAUGCCAACACACCAUGGCAUGAAACUAAAUAAUACAUGUUAUAGAUAUACUAGUAAUAUAUAUUGUCUGUAAAUAUUUAAAUAUAUUCAAGAUAUAUUUAAAUCUGUGUGUAUGCACAUAUGCAUGAAUGUGGAUGCAUGUGUACAUACGUACAUGU